AUGUUCCUUGAGGCCGUAAAGUUCCCCCUUGAGAAUAGUACGAUUCCGCUCAUUCAUAGCUUGAAUGAAUACUUGUUGAUAUUCCCUGAAUUGACAGAAUACUGGUUGAAUGAUGGAACAAACCAAAAAAUGCCAUUGUUUGAAUUUUGUAGACGGGGGUUUGAAAGACAGAGAAAAUGUUCUACGUCUUUGAACAUGAGACAAAUAAUGCAAGAGUUGGAAGUACUCAACCAAUGCUUAGGUACGCUAAUAAUCAUGGGCAACCUAAGUCCCAUAGCUCUAAAAUGGUUGCCAACUUUAUUUUCAGAAGCUUUGGAGAUGAUCCAGCAGGAAUAUCAAUCUAGCUUGCAGCUACUGACAUCUUCCAGUAUUAACAUGUUUACAAUGCGUUGCAAAACAUUAUGCGAAAUAACGAAUUUGAUUUCCAGGGAAGAGAUUCUUGAAGUUUUGAAGAGUAUGCUUGUAAAACAUUGUUUAAGACCUAUGUUAGACUUUCAUAUUCAGCUUGAUGAUGAGGAGAAAAAACAAAUGUCAUACACCUUACUUGUACACUUCAUCAACGCAGUUGUCUCAGAUGAAUUUCAGCUAUCAGUCAGAAACACGGCUAUAGAAAGUACUGCAAGUUACAAUAAUGCACCCAAAAAAGAAUUAGUAUCAAUUUUAUUCGCUGAUAGUGAGCUUGUAAAUCAAUUAAUCUGCACUGUUCAGCGAGACCUUGUUUCUUGUGAUAGGACUACCAAGUUGCAAGCACUUUACUUUUUGAAUUCUAUGAUUCGGUUUAAACAUGAAGCCAUAAUCUCCAGUUUGUUUCUCGAUCACAAAGAAAAACCAGAAGAGAUUAAAUUGGAUGACAUCAUCCAAUGGAGAAAGUCAUUCUUCCUAAAUGAUGGCUAUGUAAAACAGUCCACUUUCCUUUCAUUUCGUAAGCUUGCCUCACAAUGGUAUGACUGGAAGCUGGGUAAUGAUUCCAUAAUAAGUGGCCUAUUUGGACUAUUAUCAGGUUGUUCGGAUGAAGAAGCAGUUUAUCAAGUUUACUCGCUUCUUCUAGAGCUAUCCCGAUUCGUUCAGGGUAGAAUUACUGACCUUUGGGCACAAAACGGUAAAAUGAUUAGUUUAAUGGAGAUUCUUUCAAGUGCAGGAAAAAACGAUAAGAUAUGCACUGAUUUUAUUACUGAAAUGUAUUGCGUUAUUAGAUCAUGUGCGAUCUCUGAGUACAUAAUGUAUCAGUAUGUAUAA